UUAAACUUUAAAUUGUAUAUUUUGCAUAUAGAAGUAGAAGAUGGGAAUGCGUGGGUCAUGAGUGGACAAAUUGGUCCAAAGCGAACUGCAAGGUGGCGCCGCCUCCCGCUCUCCGCCGCGCAGCGCCGACGCCACACGCGUAUACAUCACCCCAUCCCCACCGUUUCCUAAUCCAAACCUAUAAUGUUAGGUAAUUGCCAUGAUCAACCCCUACCUAGCCCUAAGCAGCGGGAGAGGGCUCUUCCGAAGCGGAUAAUCCUCGUCCGCCACGGCGAGAGCGCCGGAAACAUCGACGGCACCGCCUACGCCACCACCCCGGACAACCGCAUACCCCUCACUCCUCAAGGCGACCAACAGUCCGAGCGCGCCGGCGCGCAGAUCUACGACGUCGUCUCCGACGGCGGCGCUUUCUCCAACUGGAAGGUCUACUUCUACGUCUCCCCUUACGCCAGGACGCGUUCCACGCUCCGAGGAAUCGGCCGAGCCUUCCCGAGGAGCAGGAUCAUCGGCGCGAGGGAGGAAUGUCGGAUCAGAGAACAGGAUUUCGGCAAUUUUCAGGUUGCCGAGCGGAUGAAGGUGACCAAGGUGAUUAGGGAGAGGUUUGGGAGGUUCUUCUAUCGCUUUCCCGAGGGCGAGUCCGCCGCCGAUGUUUUCGAUCGCGUUUCGAGUUUUCUCGAAUCCUUAUGGAGGGACAUAGAUAUGAACAGGCUCCACCGCGACCCAACCGAGGAACUGAACCUCGUUAUAGUAUCACACGGACUCGCAAUCCGUGUCUUUCUCAUGAAGUGGUUCAAAUGGACAGUCGAGCAGUUUGAGCACUUGAAUAACCUCGGGAACUGCGAGUUCCAAGUGAUGCAGUUAGGCGACGGAGGAGAAUACAGCCUCGCGGUCCAACACACCGAGGAAGAAAUGCAGGAGUGGGGACUAUCCCCCGAUAUGAUCGCAGACCAACGGUGGCGAGCGCAAGCCAACAAGGGCGACUGGAACGACAGCUGCCCGUGGUACCUCGACUCCUUCUUCGACAAGUUUGCAGACCCCGAAACAGAAGAUACAGGUGAGGAGUGAUCGCAACGAACAUGUUGUAUUGUCCUAGAAUAUACUAACUCAUUGAAUAGCAUAGAAUGUGGGAAACAUGAAAGUGAUUUACAUCUACUUUUCUUACUGUAUAUGUACGUUUGUAAAUGAUUAAUGCUUUUGCAGCUAAUUUAAUUUGGUGUAAAAUAUAUAUUUAUUUGAUGGGGUUUUAGAGAAAGGGACUAAAUAGUGAAUGAAAAUUUUGUCAUGGAUUGCAA